AUGUUCUUUGAGAUAUGGAUCGAUGAAGGCUACAGGAUGCUUUUGUUACGGAGUGCCAUGUUCUUGAACUUUGUAGCCCUGGGUUUCAACAAACUCAACAUUCUCGUUGUAAGAGGGCUCUACAACUUAAUGAUCCACAGGUACAAGCCCUUAAUACGCACCCUGGACCUCUACUACUACCCCAGCGUCUCCUACCUAAUUAGUAUCACGUCAAUGGGCAUAUCGGCCGCCAUGCUGUGGAUUAGCUAUCUGGCCCUGUUCAAGUCGAAAAGAGUUGGGCUAUUAAACGCUAUGAUCUUGACGCAAUAUAUGUUCUUCUACUACGUCACGUCAACGUUUGUCGCCAUUGUAGUGACGGCCGUGCUGCUCGUCGGCAUUGAAGAUAUGUUUGUGAGCGGUUUGCGCCCGUCAAUGAACCUUUACAGGACCUACAACCAAUCAAAAGUGAUUAUAGACAACCUUCAGAUAACCCACCAAUGCUGUGGCGACCUGUCGUAUUCUGAUUGGUUCACCAUCGCCUGGAUUCGAUCCCCUUACAUCAAUUUGAAUGACGCCUUGGAGAGGGAGGAGCUAAGCUGUUGCAGCAUAUACGCCAAGAGGCCGUGCAUAUUCACGCAUGUUCACGACCACAACUAUCACCACAAUUACAACUACGCCACAGAUCUGACGCUCCAUGCCACGGGCUGCAGACAGGUGAUGUUAUGGCGUACUACCAACCUUCUGAUAUGGAUCUUGGGUUUGAACAGUGCCUGCGCUGUACUCAGCUUGAUAACUUCGACCAUUUUUCGGUGA